AUGGAUUCGGGAGCGCUGGAGAAGAAGUCAGAGAAGACACAGGAGGCCCCUGGAACAGCAAGCAGAGAUGAGGGGACCCACCCUUUAGCUCGGGAGAGGGACACUGGACCUAAAUGGAAAUCUGAGCGGGAGGGCCCGGAAGCCCAGCUUCUGACAGAGGCCUCCCGUCCAGAGCAAGAAGUUUCCGUCAGCCCCACAGCCUCCCCCGGGACAUCCAAGACCCUCAAACCCACCAAGAAACGCCCAGACUCCGAAACUUGGCCCUACAACAGGAACGACUUAGAUGUAUUGUUCUCAGAGCUUUCCCUAGAAAAUUUCACCAUCUUUCCCCAGUCCAGUGUGCAGGAAGGACCAUUUUCUUCUAGCACCUCCAGCCCUAGCACCAGAAAGCCUCUGGAAGAGGUGUUAUCCUAUGUCUCCGACAGUGAUUUGGACAAUUUGGACUAUCCCUACCUCAAGGACAUUCCAAGAAAGACUGGGGUCCUGUCCAGAUCUAAAAUAGAGGUGAUUCCCGAGAGAUCAAUAAGUCAAGCUUCCAUGAAAGCGCUGAUGGUGUCCAUUCAGGACCACUUGAACAGUGAACAGAAGACUCACAGUGAGGCGGAGAAGCUGACAUUCUUGAGGAACCUAUCCACCCUCAGCAAGACUUUGUCCUGGAGUGCAAACAGUGUGACGUUCAUUAAGAGUUACCUAGAGAAAAUCACCAAGGCCAUCCAUAUGAUUGUUAUGACAGAGUCCCUCCAUUCCCUCGUCAACACGGUGCUCCAGGAGGCUUUCAUCACUGUCACCAACUUGAGCUUACAGAAUAUCCAUUUGCUGCUCACAUCGCCAGGGGGAUCCUCCCUCUUCACCAAUCUCACCAGAAGCAUGAUAGCCUUGCCCUCGGUCAAGACCCUAAGGAGGCUUGAAUCAGGCAGAUGCAAUGGGCCGCAAAAGACAGAGGUUCUCUACAGGCAGACGCUUCUGGCAUUCUGUGAAAUGCUCCAAAGUUUGGUGAUGUCGGAUCCUCAUUUAGAUAAACUGGAGACCAUUUUGGAGCACUUGGACCCUUGGCUACAGUCCAAGGUAGAUCACGAGCGAGAGAGGGCUGUGAUCAGCCUGUGCCUCGCCCUGAGAUGCCUGACCCGAAAUCUCUCCUUGAGACCCCCUGUCCAGCUGAAGAGACUCGGGCACUUGGUGGCCCUGCUGGCCCUGCUCUGCGGCGACAGUGUGGAGGACAUCUCCCUUGAGGCCUCAGAGAGCACGUAUCACCUCCUCCGGAUCACGGUCCACCUGAAGUAUCUCACCUUUGGUUCAAAGAGCCUUUUGAAAAUGAGGGGACUGAUGAGGAAGUGCAACGAACUCCUCAAAGUCUACAAUACCGAGAAAUUCUUCAACAACCCAUACAAGAUUGCUGAGGUCUUCGAAAUUUUUCUCAGCCCGGCGGAGCUCUCCCAGUUUAUCAUGACCGUCCUGGAUGGCCUGAAGAACCUGCAACAUCUCUGCAUCCAGGCAACGGCUGGACCGCUGCUGGCGAUAUUGGUGAAGAACGCUAGGACCCGCCUAGAGAAGGUGCCAGAAAUUGUGAGGGCCAUCUGCAUCCGCCUGCCCUCCAUUGACCAGCACACUGCCCGGCACCAAGUCAUGGGCCUCGUGAGCCUGCUGAUCGCCGAACCCAAGUCCACCAACGAAGUGCUCAACUACCUUUUAUCUCACCCUGUCCCCUAUGACAAACACAUAGCUGAGCUCUGGAGGUCCCUGGAGGUGGAGGAGACCUGCAACGCCUGGAUCCUGUGGCAGCUGCUGAGGAAACUGCAGAAGUGUCACUCCACCAGUCGGAACAAGAUGGCCUACGUCGCCGUUGCAACCACGGACGCUCUCUACGAGGUGUUUGUGGCCAACAAGUUCCGGCCAGCCAUGUUCCGACUCUUCCCUCAGCUUCUCAUGACGCUGCUCAUCCAAGUGCACCACAGCAUUGGCCUGAAGACCUCGGAUGUCUCUUUCCCCCACAGCAUGUCCAAGGGGCAGGGGUUCCCCUCCAAUUUCACCCCUUUGAGCUGUGCCAUUCAAGCCUCCAAGGCCUUCCUUAUAAGAACCUGUUGCUGGCAUGAAUUAAACACCAUGGAAAGAGAAAGGGGCUGGGACCUUCUGGAAGGAAAAAACGACCAUCUUCAAGGAGUGUGUCUCCUCGCCAAUGCCUUGCUGGAAAAAAAUUCCAUCUUUGCUCAGAGGAUCUUGUAUUUGCUGGUCCCUCUUCUUAACCGAGGAAAUGAAAGGCAUAAGCUCACAUCAGCUGCCUUCUUCGUUGAGCUCCUCCAAAGCCCACUGUCCAAGAGACUCCCCAGGAAAUACACCACCGGCAGGUUAGGCCAGUGGCUGCGGAGUGAAAACGAACUCUUCCGGACCCUCGGCCUGCGGGGACUCAGAAAUCUUCUCUGCCAUCAGGGAAAGGUGCAGGUGGAAGAGAUAAAGGAAAUGCUCCCGUUCAUCUCCAGCAGCUUACACAAGAGGAGUGAAAGGGAAGUGUUGUUUGCAAUAGAUGUCCUCAGAAAACUUCUUGGCAAAAUGGACUUCAGGACGCUCACUAGCAUCAUCACGUCUCUGCUGCUUCUGCUCGGUGAUGUGAGACAGGAUGUCCGUCUCUCGGCUGUGUCCCUCUUGGGAGAUUCCAUAAAGGUUGGGAAAGGCAAGGAUAAGGAGAGAAUGAAGACCCAUGUCUUCCAAAGCUUGGUACCACUGAUUCUGCACUUGCAGGAUGAGGAUAUAAGAGUGGCCAAGGCAUGUAGAAAGGUUCUUGGGCUGAGUGGGCAAUUCCUUGGCUGGAAGCUGCCCCGACAGGUGAACAGUCCCCAUCCCUGGUACAGCCACCCUUCUGCAGCGGAAAAGACCUGCCAGUUCUUUGAGAAAAAUUGUAGGGGAAAAUUUAACAUCCUGGACCAGAGCCUAGAGUUCACCAAGAGCCCACAGUUCCAAAUCAGACGGGCUUCGUCCCAAUUUAUAGGGCUUGUAGUAAAGAACAUGAAGCCCAGCCAGCUCUGCAUGAAGAGGACCGACUGGAUAGAAGAUGCCCUGUCACCUCUGUUGAAUGACCAUGAGCCCUCUGUGCGCAUCAUCGCAAUCCAGGCCCUCAACAGAGUCCAAAAGGCAGUCAUGGAGCCAGAGCCCAAGCCAGUGUCCGGGUGGAGGAAACUCUUUAGCCGUGUCUCUUCCUAGAAAUGUCUGGGCCACAGAAGGGCACAGACCCCUCUCCUCAUCCUUGGCUGAGGCACCAGGAUGCCUCUGUUGGUGGCCGUGCCCUGUGGCCCGUCCUGAUCUAAUGUGGAGCUCGUGGUGGAGGGCCAGGGAACCAAACAGUUCUGGAGGAAGGCUUAGAUUAUCUCUUCCCCGGGCCCGUUUCCCAACUCUGUAUAGGACGGUCCCACCAUCGGCCCCUUCCACCCUCACUUUCCCCAUCACCUACAUCUUCC